AACCUCUCUCUCUCCAAACACAAACAAAGUCACAUUUUGUAAAACAAUGGCAACAUCAAGAGAAGCAGAAGAAGUGAAGGUGCUGGGGCUUACAGUGAGCCCUUUUGUGGUGAGAGUCAGGAUAGCACUGAACCUGAAAGGAGUGCAGUAUGAGUUCUUGGAAGAGCAAUUUGGGAAUAAGAGUGAGUUGCUGAUCAAGUCCAACCCUGUUUACAAGAAGAUGCCAGUCUUGAUUCAUGAAGGCAGACCCAUUUGUGAGUCCAUGAUCAUUGUUGAGUAUGUGGACCAAGUUUGGGCUGAUGAUUAUGUUUCUCAUUCCAUCCUCCCUUCUCUUCCUUAUGACCGUGCUGUUGCUCGCUUCUGGGCACACUACAUUGAUGAUAAGUGGUUUCCAAAACUGGUAGUAAUAUUGAAAGGUGGAGAUACAGAGGAAGCACAUGCGGAAGCAGCAGAGGAAGUAAAGGCAGGGCUAAAACUGAUGGAAGAGGUGCUUGAGAAGCACUCAAAAGGGAAGCCAUUCUUUGGUGGUGAUGCAAUUGGUCAUGUAGACAUUGCCUUUGGCUCUUACUGGACAUGGAUCCUUGCUGCAGAAAAAAUUUCUGGUUUCAAGCUUUUCCAGCAAGAACAGACUCCACUCUUGUUUGCAUGGUCUCAAAACUUUUGCUUGGAUGUUGCUGUGAAGGAUGUGCUGCCUGAUGUUGAUAAGCUUGUUGAGCAUGCCAAGAAGUUUAGUGCUUGGAUGAUUCAAAAUGCAGCUGCUGAAAAUAAUUGAUAAUAUGCAUCAUUGUUAUCUAGAUAUUUUCAGUCGCAGAUGAAUUUAUUUGAAUGAAUAAAACUUAGUUGUUUUC